UGAUGACGCGGCUGUUUGGGUCCUUUCCAUCGCACCUCAUGCUUCUGUAGCCACAGCCUGCCUCUGUUUUCUGAGCAAAACAGGAUUUCAAAACACGUUCUGUGGAAAUGGACACCGAAAAAGCUCCUACUGUAGACGUUGAAGUGACCGGGGAGAGUAAAGAUGGAGCAGAGGCGUUUACGAAGGUGAAGUCUAAGAAGAAGAACCAGAAACGUAAACGUGAGCAAGACGGAGUGGACAUGGACACAGAGGAGAGCGUGGCCAUUAAAAGGCCGCAGUUUCCACCGAUUUCCGGAGACAAAUUACGGGGACCAGAUGAGAUGCGUAAGAUCCCCGUUCCACCUCACAGAUACACCCCGCUGAAGGAGAACUGGCUAAAGAUUUUCACUCCUAUCGUAGAGAACCUGCAGCUUCAAGUGCGAUUUAACCUCAAGACCAGGAACGUAGAAAUCAAAACGUGCAAGGAGACGCAGGAAAUCAGCGCCCUCACGAAAGCGGCAGAUUUCGUCAAAGCGUUCAUCCUAGGCUUCCAGGUUGAGGAUGCCAUGGCGCUCAUCAGAUUAGACGAGCUUUUCCUCGAAAGCUUUGAUGUCACAGACGUAAAACCUUUGAAAGGCGACCACUUAUCCAGGGCCAUCGGAAGAAUAGCAGGGAAGGGAGGAAAAACGAAAUUCACCAUCGAGAAUGUGACAAAGACUCGCAUCGUUCUUGCAGAGACGAAAAUCCACAUUUUAGGUUCUUUUCAGAAUAUCAAGAUGGCCCGAACAGCAAUAUGUAACCUGAUUUUAGGAAGUCCACCUUCAAAGGUUUACGGUAACAUCAGAGCGGUGGCCAGCAGGACUGCGGAGAGAUUCUGAAAUCUGAUUGGCUGCUACAUGCCUUCCGCUCCUCCCUUUCUGUAACUGCGAUGAGUUGAGUUCACAGACUGGCGUUUGGGAUGGAAAGCCGACACGUACAUCAUAUUUUGGGAUGAACAGUGUUGGUCUCUGGAAGUAUGAGUUAUGUAAAUAAAUAUUUAAAAAAAAGCAAUAAAAGAGGUUUAUUUCUGUGACUGAA